CAUAACAAAGAAGAUGGCGUCGCCCAGCGCAGCAGGUGACAGCUCGGCCCAACUUACUAUCGCCUCUAAUCCUAGCAGAUCUGGGGCUUGUUUGCGAUUGAGCGAUGAAGCAGUGCAAUUCGAUCCUGCGUCCUCCGUUAGCCGAGUUUUUUUUGACAAUGCUAACGAACAGUUAUUUUCGAUUCGGUCGGGAGGAGUUACUGGGGUGGUGGUUAAGGGGCCCACCGAGGAACGCAGUUGUUCGUUUACAAUGGACGACAAGGGUGAAAUUCUUUCUGUGAAACUUUCGCCCGAUCAGGCCGUUAUGGCCAUUCAACGUUCUAGAAAAAGCGUCGAAUUUAUGAACAGGCCGCAGGACCUAUUGGCAGCGGAAGGUAUGACAGCUGGCGGGGGCAACGACCGCCCUGUGGAGUAUAGCCAAGCGUGUAAAGCCAAGACCGCUUCAGUGAUCGGAUUUGCGUGGACAGGGUUUGGAAAUGACAUUAUAUUUGUUACAGAUCAGAGCGUUGAAUUGUACGAAGUGCAGCCUCAGCGCAAAUGCCUUCGUUACAUAAAACUCUACACUAUGCAAGUAAACUGGUUCAUUUACCAGCCUCGCACUUGCUAUCUUCUUGUUUCUUCAGGCAUUUUAGGAAAUGUUUUACAUCCAAUAUUCUUCUCAGGCCCCGGAAUGUGUACGCGCCAUUCAAAAUUUGAAGUGGAUUUACCCGUUGUCCCAAAGCCACCGAAGCUUUGUCUUCUUGAUCGAGAUGUCAGUUUAUGCAAAAUAUACGGCAAGUCUCGCGUUGUUGUACUUAGACAUCGAGGCACCCCAGCAAGUGGGCAAAGUGGUGCAGCGGAAAUAGUUGUGUACACAAUUGACGGAGGCAUGCCGCCUAGAAAAACAAAUAUUCUUAAACUGGACGUUUCUGGUCGUUUUGCAAUAAAUUUGAUCGAUAACCUAAUUAUUGUGCAUCAUCAAAGUUCGAAGACAAGUCAAAUUUUCGAUAUCUUUCUUGAGGGAUCGCUCGAGACAAAUAUUCAGUAUCACUCACCGAUAGUGCCGCCUUCUGAGAUAAGUUGUAAAGGCGACCAUGAACUGUACUCAGCGAACUGGGUAGUGUUUCAGCCUAAUAUUAUUAUUGACGCUAAAAUGGGGUUGCUUUGGAGACUUCAUAUCGACCUUGACAGACUAAGCCAAGAUUUUGAAAAUCCUGACCGGCUUAUCGAGUUUCUCCUCCAACGCAAAGAUAACCGAGGAGUUAUUUUAAGGUCGAUCAAACGAAUUAUUCUCAGUACACCUCCGCUGUCGAAAAUCAGUUUGAUUAUGAGCGAAAUAGCUAACUUAGAUAACAUCUCGGAAGAUCUUGUUUGUCACGUUUUUACGCCAUUGGUUGAGAAGCUCGAUCAAUCAUAUCUCUUCUCGGUACUCGUGGAACACCUUCGAACUAGAGAGACCAUCGGGGAUCUGCUUCGAGAUCUCAUGGUUUCCAGCCUAGUUAAAAGAAACAAGUUUUACCAGCUUCAUCAAUUUUUGCAAUAUCAUAUUCUCGGGGAUUCAAAGCCCUUAGCUGCCCAACUGCUUGAUUUGGCGCCAGAAUACGCUCCAGCGCAGCAGUUAGCUCUUGAUAUGCUUUAUCGAGUGGGAGGUUCGCAAGAAGAAACCAUCGAAACAUUGCUUAGUAAAGGCAAAGUUAUAUCGGCGCUUAAAGUAGUUCAGUUCCAGGGUAAUCAGGACACAGUGUCGGCUAGGAAGUUUCUUGAGGCCGCCAAGCAAACAGGAGACCCUGCCACAUUUUAUUCAGUGUACCGUUUCUUUGUUCAACGCAAUAUCAAUCUUCGCGGUAAUGUGAUGUUUCCCAAAGGUGAAAUGUGCCAGCAGUAUGUUACUCAUUAUAAAAGCCUGUUUGGAGAAUGUCCCGAUGUGGCUUCCGAUGAGAAAGCAGAAUUGUAGACGUCCUUUACUAGAAUGCAAAAAAAGUAAAUAUGAAAUGUCCCGAAGUAUUGAGUUGAGGCUAUGCAACUGUACACACAGACACAAAGAGAAGGAUAAAUAAAAAUAUGUAUUAAUAGCGCUUAUGUCGGG